GAUGUGACUGGGAGACAGCAGAUGGCAGUGUGAAGCAAUUUCAUUUUCUCGCAAAAAGGAAAGAGGAAGAAACGACAGUGUGUUCGGAAGAAGUGUGUUACACUAACGUGGUAAUAUAGUAAUUGUCGGCUUAUAUGUCUAAAGUCGUAUAUUUAUUUAUCCCUUUUAAGUAAUAAUUUUUUCCACGGGUUUUAAAAUGACACACACGGACGAAAAACAACAGCGUCCCUCUCUGUAUUUAUCUGUUUGUUGCCCCCGUGAGGAGACGCGUCUGCCGCUGCACACAACUAUCACUUUGUUUCUUUUAUCUUACUGCAAAUGCAAGUCUUUUAAAGUGUUUCUAGUCUCCAAAACUAAUUGCUCACAGUUACUUAAGAGUCAGCUACCAGAGGACCUGGACGUGUGUGACACUAAGGUGGACGAGCUACCUCUGUUGGUGAAGAGUUGUCGUCUCCCAGCUGUUCUGGAUGACACUGCACGGAUCUGCAGGGCUGGACUGGCGGUAGUCCUGAGACACAUUAUCAACACAACCCUGGAGACAGACCCUUCUAGAAACGACGUGCAGGCACUGCUAGGCUUCAAGAAGACCUGUUUGAAGGCCUGUGCUGAGGUGAGCAAGUGGACCAGACUGUGUGAAACUGGCAUACCGUCUGCGGUAGAAGAUCACCUCCAAAACCCACUAAUUCAGACCAAGCAGUUACCUCUCUCCAUCCUUACUCUAGAGAAGAGGUUAGCAGAACCUGUAAAAGUCCACAAUGAUGACAAGAUAAGGAGGCAGAAGUUGAAGCAGCAGAAAGACAGUGAAAAGAAUGACUUCCUAAAUGGUUCAGAGGACAAGGACAGUGGACAGUCAUCUACAUCAGGUGAUGGACUUGAGCUUCAGACCGCUUUGGCCAGGCUGUCAGUGGAUGCAGUUCCAGCCGCCACCACUAGAGAGAAGUCUGACAUCAGAAAAGUGAAGACCACGGAUUUGCCUGCUCUGGAGCAUGUGUUUGCUGAGGGGCUGUUCUUCACUCUGACGGAUGUGGUGCUGCUGCCCUGUAUCCAUCAGUAUCUGUGUUCCCUCCGAGUUCAUGCUGCAGGCACCCUACACCAGCUCUCUCAUCUGCUGCGAUGGUACAGCCGUGUCCAAGCCGUACCAGGUGUCCUUCGAGCUGCCAAGGAUUGUGGGAUGGAUCUCUCUGUUGCCCAAGUUCCCACGGUCGAACUCCCAGGACCAUCAGCAGAGCUCAGCACUGCUAACCUACUGGAGCCUGAAGAAAUCCAGGAUGUGACCACACAGCUCCCUUUUGUCGGGGGGCCCAGGCCCACCAUGACCAAACUUAAAGAGAAAGGCAUCGAGGCUAUCUACACUCCUCAUCCGUGCCCUUCCUGGACCCUCCCGUGGGACAGCUUACCAGCAGCUAUAAACCCUACUGAAGGUAAAAUGUCGAACAUCCGAGCCAUCAGGAAAAAGCAACAGCUGAAUAACUUGGUUGCCAUGGUUACAGAGCUAGCCAGACCUGGAUAUACUGUUGUGGAUUUUUGCAGUGGAACGGGCCAUGUCGGCAUUGUUCUGGCUCACACUCUUCCAGAAUGCCAGGUCAUCCUCAUAGAGAACAAGGAAGAGUCCUUGGUCAGGGCCCAGCGCCGCAGUGCUCAAUUAGGACUCAACAAUAUCGGCUUCAUUCAGGCUAAUCUGGAUUACUUCACUGGACCGUUUCAGAUUGGGGUGGCGCUGCAUGCGUGUGGCAUUGCAACGGACAUGGUGAUGGAGCAUUGCAUCGACGCCGGCGCUGCUUUUGUCAUCAGUCCUUGUUGCUAUGGCUUUAUCCAGAACGCAGUCAAGUUCACCUUCCCCAAGAGCGAAGGCUUCCGAGAGGCUCUGACUUCCAAGGAGCACAUGAUCCUCUGCCGCUUUGCAGACCAAACCGCCGUCCAGCUGCCUCCCGAUCGCCGUCUCAUAGGGAAACAGUGUAUGGGCCUGGUGGACUUGGACCGAUCCUGGGCGGCAGAGACUCGAGGAUAUUCUGUGAGAGUAAUGACCAUGGAGCCUGAAAGUUGUUCACCAAAAAAUAACAUGCUCGUGGGAAAACCACCGCCGGGGAGCGGAGAGGACGGCACUGAUGAACAGUCAACGGCAACGGUGCCUAAAUAAUGAAUGUAAGGUGUACGCCGCUCUCACCGAGGCCUUCGGUGGCGUCCUGCCUGAACACAUCUACUGGUGUACACCCAUGUCUGCUCCUUUCCUACAUUUUAUUAGUUUAAAAAAAAA